CUUUAGCUGCAAACACAAGAUAAAAGCAUAUCUAACCACUGCCCCCGUACCCUUCCUUUAAGGCGCUAAUAAAAGUCCCCCCCCCCCACCCUUCAUAUUAUUUGACCCUAAUUAAAACGACAUAUUCUUUGAGAAAAUAUUAAUUAGAGGUAUAACUGUUUUAUUAGUGAUAUUUUGAAGCUUGUUACUCGGGUCAAGUAAUAUAAAACGAACAACAACUCCAGAACAGAACAAGAAAUCAAGAGUACUACUUAUUUAUGUAACCUGUUGUUCUGCUCUUUUUACCAAAUUGGGUGUUCAAAAUGUCUGGUUUCAAGAAAACAACAAACCCACUUCGUCCUUCAAAUUCAUACAAUUCCCUUUAUGUUAAUCCCUUGAAUAAUGAACUCAGACAAAACCGCAGCAGCAGCAAUGGCAGCACCACUAUUGGUGUUCAUUUGCUUCAAAACCAACUAGUUACAUCUGAUAACAAAGAGAAUGCUGCACCUGAAAAAUCCAAUCUUUGUGAUAAAGAAAAUGCGUUACGCUUUGAUUGGACUAGUAAGGUCGUGAAGAACGACUUUUCAUCAGCCCCGCGGGCUGAUGUGAAGCCGUCUUCACUUCAGUUAUGCAUACAGAAAAAUGAACCAGAUUCUAAAAUUGGGUUGAAAAUUUGGGAGCACGCGGAUACAGAGACAACACCGAAUUCAGCUAAUAUUUGGGAUUAUUCUGAUAAUGAAGCUGCUCCAGCUUCUUCUUGGUCUACACUUCCUAAUAGGUCAUUGCUGUAUAGGCCUUUGCCUAUAGAUAUUGGAAGAUGUACUUGUGUGAUAGUGAAGGAAGCAUCUGCAGAAAGUAGGGAUGGAGGGACUUUUUACUCACUUUAUACAAAUGAAGGGCAGGGACGUCAGAAUCGGAAACUUGCUGUAGCCCAUCACAGAAGGCGUAACGGAAAAUCUGAGUUUGUAGUUGCUCAAAAUACAAAGGGAAUAUGGGGAAAAUCUGAUGACAGUUUGAUUGGACAUGUAACUGCUAAUCUUCUGGGAUCAAAGUACCACAUAUGGGAUCAGGGCCAUCCUAAUUCCACAACCAAACAAUCAAAACUGUUGGGCGUUGUAACAUUCAUGCCUACCAUCGCGACCUGGACUGGAAGCUAUAGAAGGAUUAAAGCAUGCUUACCAAAGCACCAGUCUAUGCAGUUAAAAUGUACAACUCAGCACAUCAAUGGACUACCCGCGGACUGGGAGGAGCAUAUGGACAAAGUGAAUCAGUUGUUUUCAAAGAUUCCUCAUUACAAUAAGGUCUCAAGACAGUAUGAGUUAGAUUUUAGAGAUAGAGGAAGGGCAGGACUCCAAAUCCAGAGCUCGGUUAAGAAUUUUCAGCUGACUAUGGAGAAGAAUGGAAGGCAGACAAUUCUACAACUUGGUAGGGUGGGGAAAGCUAAGUAUGUGAUGGACUACAGGUACCCAUUGACAGGUUAUCAAGCGUUUUGCAUAUGUUUGGCUUCUAUUGAUUCAAAGUUGUGCUGCACAGUGUAAAUGGGGAAUCUCCAGAGCCUUAUGUUGUUCACUGAUUUGACUAAGUGCAGUUCAGCAAUUUUUUCGCCAAGACAUCACGCGAAUUUGGAUCAGGAAUGUUGUUGAAGGAGAUGAUAGUAUCUCUCUCAUUUCAUUUGUUCUUUUUGUUAAAAUUUCUUCAUGCACCUUGGUGCAACUUCAUAUAUUUAGACAUGUUCGGUUUAGUGACAGUUGUUUGGUAGGAGGUAUAAGGUGAGAUAUCUCAUGAAUAAGUGCGAGCUAUCCCAUGGAUAAAUUACUUAUUCCAUGUUUGUUGAUGGUAUAAAUUUUAUAUCAUCAACCAAACAUAUGGUAUAAAGCUAAUACCAAAUUUGUAUAACUUAUCUUAUCCCAUCAACUGUGGGACUAUUUUAUACCGCCUCCCAUAUGUUAUAAAAUAGUCCAGGUAUUACAAUCCCAGGA